GUAUGUGCCCGUUGAGGCUUUGCUCCAUCUGGUUAGCCAUGGCUGGAGGCAACAAUAAGAGGACUCACAAAGCUAGAAGCCGGAAACCACCGAGUUCCUCCGGCGGGGCUCUCUUCGUCCACGGCGGUGUCUUGGCGGAUUGGUCCCCAAAUUCUCAGACACCUAAACGAAAGAAUCCUAAUGGCGGUGGUGGGAAUUCGAAUUCCGCGUCCAGAUCUGGGACUUCUGACCGAGGGAAUGUUUCUGGGCCUCGGAAACCUAGAGGAAAUCCAUUUGGUUACGUUUACCCCCACCUUGAUUAUCAGGAAGAUUUGGUUUCAACUGAGGGUAUCAGUAGAGAAAACAAUCUGGAAGACUCAGGGCCUAUUUUUUUGGGUGAUUCCGAGGAGACCAAAAUUGUUGCUUAUGUAGACAAAACGCCAGUUAUGGAACCCCAAAGUUCAGAAUUUACUUAUGACUAUAGUACAAGUUUUGCAUUGAGUGAUGGCUCGCACAGAGGAUUGGGGUUUUGCACUGAACUAGAAGCAACUCCAAGCUUUACAGGUUCAUCAUUGCAAAUCAAAGAGAAAGAAGGCCCUUGCGUUGAUUUGUCAUCUUCUGAGGAGGAAAUGGAUGCCAAUGUUAGUUAUAUCCAUGAUAUAGAUACAAAGGUAGAUGAUGAUUUACUGGAUCAGACCCCGUCUCCAGAGAAGAGUUCAGGUUUUCUAUCUAUUGGAGGCUUCAAAUUAUAUACCCAAGACAUUUUGGAUAGUGAAGGUGACGAGGAUGAUGGUUUAGAGUCAGGUGAUGAGGAAAGCUCAGAGACUUCUGAGUCAGAAGGUUCUGCAGAGUCUGACAGUGAUUACUCUGAGAACACAUCGGAUACGAUUUCAAGUGUUGAUGGAGAGGUUGCAGAAGAUUACUUUGAAGGUAUUGGUGGUAGUAAUGAAGUUGUAGAUGUCAAACAACUUUUAGCCCAGACUAUUGAAGGCUUAGAUGAUGAUCAUACUUCUGUUGGUAGCUUUGAUGAUACUUUGGAGAAGCUAGGUGGCAUAGCUCUUCAGGAAGCAUCAAGGGAAUAUGGCAUGAGGAAGCAGGAGUCUGGAAGGAAGAAUCGUGCAGUUGUAUCAAGACCUGAAAACUCUUUGUAUGCUCGGUCAUCUGCUUUGGAUGAUUUUAUGCUUGUGAAGGAUCCCAGAAGCAUUUCUGUGAGAAAGAAGCACAUUGCUCGAUUUCCGCAGUCAUGGCCUUUUGAGUCCCAAAAAAACAAACAUUUCAAGAAGUUUCCAGGUGAAAGAAAGAAACAUCGCAAGGAAAAGAUAGCCUUGAAGAGGCGAGAGAGAAUGAAACACCGUGGUGUUGAUCUUGAACAAAUAAAUUUGAAAUUAGAGCAGAUGGUUUUGGAUGGAGUAGAUAUUUUAUCAUUUCAACCCAUGCACUCUCGGGAUUGUGCCCAGGUGCGAAGAUUAGCAGCAAUUUAUCACUUGCGAAGUGGUUGUCAAGGGCAUGGUAAGAAAAGAUUUGUAACAGUGGUGCGAACUGAACAUACACGAAUGCCAUCUUCCAGUGAAAAGCUUCGGCUAGAGAAGCUGAUAGGAGCUGUCGAUGAGAAUGCUGAUUUUACGGUUGAUGCAAAAUCAGGUAAAGGAGAUAGAAACAGGGGCAAGAAGCCUGCAAAGGGUAGUGACUUGAAUUUACUGAAGAACUCCUCCAAUUAUCAUCGCAAUAAUGAAACAAGCAAGAAGAAAAGGAGUGGGAAAACAGGGUUAAAUGCUGCACAGCCGGUUUCUUUUGUAUCUAGCGGUAUCAUGAAAUCUGAUACCGUGGAAACCUUGGCAAUCGAUUCAAAGGGGACGAACUACACUAUUCAAGAAAACAAAGUUGAGAGCAGUUCAUCCAAAUAUGGCGCCUUUGAGUUGCACACUACAGGUUUUGGAUCAAAGAUGAUGGCUAAGAUGGGAUUCGUGGAGGGUGGCGGGUUGGGGAAGGAAGGUCAAGGUAUCGCAGAGCCCAUUGAGGCAAUUCAACGACCCAAGUCGCUUGGCUUGGGCGCAGAAGCCUAUGGCGCGGGUAGUCACUCGUUGAAAACUGAAUCUGAUAGGAAGUCUGGGCAGAAAGAGUCUCAAAACUUUGCAGCUUUCGAGAGGCAUACCAAAGGAUUUGGAUCAAAAAUGAUGGCCAAGAUGGGCUUUGUGGAAGGCACUGGCCUGGGAAAAGGUUCUCAAGGUAUGGUGAAUCCAUUAGUUGCAGUAAAGCUUCCUAAAAACAGGGGUUUGGGUGCCAAAGGUUAGAUAUUCAUAUUCUAGUUGGCUUUUCAGAGUUAAAAAGAUGGUUCUUCCUUGCAUUUAUGUUAUUAAACCUUAUUACUGCUGUAGUUAGAUUAUGUGACAUCUCCAUUUAUCUCUCUUUAAUAUUCCUUUCUGCUCUC